AUGCAGACGGACGGACGGAACGGACAAGCGCAAACCCUCCGCGCUUGCGCAGAAACGGUCUGCUGUGCCGAUGGAAGGCAGCGCGUAGAUCGAGCUCGGCUCGGUACGCUCGACGAGACCGAAGUUAGCUCAAAAGGACGCACCCCCGGACAUUUCUCCCUCCGCGGUCCUCAGUUCUGGCGUCCUCGCUCUUCCGCUGGCUGUCGCUGAUCUAGAAAGAGCAUGGAGGUGCUUCCGGAUGACGUGUGGCUGAUGGUGCUGGAGAAACUGGAGGAGGCAGCGGACGUCUUGGCCUGCCGCCUCGUGUGCAAGAGGCUCGCCGCGCUGGCCGUGCAUCCAGCUGUGUGGCGACACUUAGAAGUCGGCCAGUCCAAACCUUACUGUUCGUGCCCGGUGCUGCGCCUGGCGCCGUGCCUUGACUCGAUUUCUGUCCACCUUCCUGCAAAGGGGUGCACCCAGUGGGCGUUCGCCUCGACCAGGUGCGCCGCGGCGAAGUUGUAUAUUCCUAUAAAAGGAAGAUCACACGCCGGACUCGCUGCAGCAAUCAUCUGCAAGCAGGAGAUGCUGGGGCGGCUUACUGACGUUGAAAUAGAAAUGCGUUCCGUGGCAGUAACUGAUGUUCCCAUACUCUUGGGUACGUUAGCGUCGACAUCUCGCUUAACGAGGAUCUGCGUCUAUGUGUAUCUCGGAGGGAACCAGCUGCCAAACACACCCGCUCCGAUCCUGGGCGGCACCGCGGUGACGCCAUCACUGAGGGAGUUCGAAUGCAACCUUUCGCCGUUGACGGAGCCGUUCGUGAAGUCCAUCCUGUCCCAGCAUGCCACCACUCUCGAGGAUGUCUUGUUAGAUUUCCCCCUCUCCAGCUUGACCUGCACCUCAACCGCCCUCAUUCUGGCCGGCGUGACAAACCUCAGGAUGCUGGUAUGCGACUGUUUUCCUGGAAUGGAGUCCCUGGUGGCCUGUAAGUCGCUCAAGGUCCUGGCGCUCACCGUCAACACCGAGAGUCACUACCGGCCUGCCGUCGCGGGGCUGGCCAAGCUCCUCCGGGGCGCCGAACAGCUGCGCAAAGUAAACCUGACGUACAAGCCCGCGGUGCGCAGCCCCACCGACCUCGGCGGGGAACUCGUCCUGGCUCUGGCCUCCUCCGGUCGGUCCUGCGUGGAGACCCUACACAUCACAAACCGUUGUUAUCCCUUUUUCAGUGUCGAAUAUACCCCCCUGCCUGAACUGGUGGCCAGCGCGCUGCCGUCGCUGCCAGCGCUGCGGCACCUCAACCUACAGGACAACGCAAAGAGACCAGACGCGCUUCUGCUGGCUAUCCGGCCCGACGUGUCUGCACAACCUCCGAGUUAUUGGCAUAUUACGGAGUAA